AUGAGAGGCGAGAUUCUUCAUCUCCACCUGGGCCAGGCUGGCACCCAGCUCGGAAACAGCGCCUGGGAACUAUACCUCCUUGAGCAUGGUCUCGGAGCCGAUGGCCGCCCGGCUCCCAAUGCCGGGGAUGUUGGUGAUGCUGGCUCUUUUGAGACCUUCUUCACCGAGACGAGCAGCGGCAAAUACGUCCCUCGGUCCAUCUUUGUCGAUCUUGACCCUUCCCCGAUCGACGAGAUUCGCACUGGUACCUAUCGCCAACUUUUCCACCCCGAGCUUCUGAUUAGCGGGAAGGAGGAUGCGGCCAACAACUAUGCCCGCGGUCACUACACCAUUGGCAAGGAGAUGGUCGACAACGUCAUUGACCGCAUCCGCCGGGUUGCUGAUAACUGCCACUCCCUUCAGGGAUUCCUCAUCUUCCACUCCUUUGGCGGCGGCACUGGGUCCGGCUUCGGCUCUCUUCUCCUGGAGCGUCUGGCCACUGACUAUGGUAAGAAGUGCAAACUCGAGUUUGCCGUCUACCCGGCUCCGCGAGUUUCGACUGCGGUUGUUGAGCCGUACAAUGCCGUCCUUUCGACGCAUAGCACGAUUGAGAACUCUGAUUGUACGUUCCUUGUCGAUAACGAGGCCGUGUACGACAUCUGCCGCCGGAACUUGGACAUCCCCCGACCGAGUUACGAGCACCUCAAUCGACUCAUCGCUCAGGUCGUCUCUUCCAUCACUUCCUCUCUGCGGUUUGACGGAGCCCUCAAUGUCGACCUCAACGAGUUCCAGACCAACCUGGUCCCGUAUCCUCGUAUCCACUACCCCUUGAUCAGCUAUGCUCCCGUUAUUUCGGCUGCCAAGAGCGCUCACGAGAGCUUCAAGGUCUCCGACCUGACCUUCCAGUGCUUUGAGCCCAACAACCAAAUGGUGGUCUGCGACCCUCGCAAUGGCAAGUACAUGGCUGUCGCUCUCCUUUAUCGUGGAGAUGUGGUGCCCCGCGACUGCAGCGCCGCUGUGGCCGCUCUAAAGGCGAAGGCUUCCUUCAACCUAGUCGAAUGGUGCCCAACUGGCUUCAAGAUUGGUAUCAACUACCAGAAGCCGGUUGCGGUUCCUGCUUCGCCAAGUGAUGGCGGCCUCGCGUCAGUCGACCGUUCCGUGUCCAUGCUUUCCAACACAACUGCUAUCGCUGAGGCCUGGUCUCGCCUGGACUACAAGUUCGACCUCAUGUAUAGUAAGCGUGCCUUCGUCCACUGGUAUGUGGGUGAGGGUAUGGAAGAAGGCGAGUUCAGCGAGGCCCGCGAGGAUCUCGCUGCUCUGGAGAAGGACUACGAGGAGGUUGCUGCCGACUCGACCGAGCCUGAAGAGGGUGAGGCCGAGUACUAA